UCACUGAGCCUGCGCCAUCCCGCCACUUUGCGGUCCGCGCAGAUUCUGCGCUGUUAUCUGGCGCGUGUCCUCGCGCCGCACUCCGCGCCGAACCGCUCGCACAGCGUCGCCAUGCCGGCCGACCUCAGCAAGUGGUCCGGGCCUCUGAGCCUGCAGGAGGUGGACGAGCGUCCCCAGCACCCACUGCGCGUCACCUACGGAGGGGUGGAGGUGGACGAGCUGGGCAAAGUGCUAACGCCCACCCAGGUUAAGAACAGACCCAGCAGCAUUGAGUGGGAUGGUCUUGAUCCCGGUAAACUGUACACCUUGGUCCUCACAGACCCGGAUGCUCCCAGCAGGAAGGAUCCCAAAUACAGGGAAUGGCACCAUUUUCUGGUGGUCAACAUGAAGGGGAAUGACAUCAGCAGUGGAACUGUCCUCUCCGAUUAUGUGGGCUCCGGGCCUCCUAGUGGCACAGGCCUCCACCGCUAUGUCUGGUUGGUGUACCAGCAGGACAAGCCACUCAAGUGUGAUGAACCGAUUCUCAGCAACCGAUCUGGAGACCAUCGUGGCAAGUUCAAGGUGGCGGCCUUCCGCAAGAAGUACCACCUCGGGGCCCCGGUGGCUGGCACAUGUUACCAGGCCGAGUGGGAUGAUUACGUGCCCAAGUUGUAUGAGCAGCUGUCUGGGAAGUAGGGCCACUCAGGCAGAAGUGGUCCCAGAUGCCCUUCCUCUCCUUUCCCCUGCGCAGGUGACACCUGAGCUACCUGCUGCCUGUCCCUGUGAUUCUAGGUAGUCCCUUAUCCCCGUUUAUGUUCUGAUCAAGUUUUAAUUCCGUUUGGGGGGAUAUUUUGGUACCGCAAUGGGUCAUCAUAUUGUUAAAAGAAUAGCAGCCCGGAAUUGAAAGAAGACGAGGUCUACAGGAAAGGAGCAGAAUGUCGUUAUGGGGCCGUCUCUGCCUCUGUGUUCUGUGUCUGGUGAGGCCUGCGUCUCUACUGAACUUGGCCCAGCCUAUCUCAGAUGACUUAGGAUGUCAGCGUCCUGCUCUGUCCCUUUAAAGAGCAGAAUGGGAACAGCAGUAGGGGGCCCGCUCCCUGUGCUGAGGCCCGUGCGGGGUGCGGGGUGACAGGUGUAAGAAAAGCUGGCCUGGAGUUGCUUAAUGUUGCAUUAGUUCCGCUGUUUGCUUAUUGUUGAAUAAAAUAACAAUAAAAACAGAGUGAUGCAGAAUGCCAGGUGAUGUGC